GUCAUGUGACACAACAAGUCAACAACGCCAAAACUCUAGCCAAAACAUCUGUUUAUCUCGCGGUGUGAGGUGGGUGUGUUGAUAGACCAGCUGGACUUUUCAGAGUUUUGGUAGAAUUCACACGUUGAUACUACGCCCGGUCGGAAUAUUGGCAUUACCCGCUUUUUCGCCCCUGUAUUGAUAGCAUGGAAGCUCCGCUGGCUAAGUGCUUGGAAGAGGUCGUGGACACUGGAGCAGUUGGAGUUAUUUGUGCCGACAGACAUGGCUUGGCUCUGCACAGUUCGGGUCCAGUGCAACUUAAGUCUGCCGGGGUGAUCGCAACGUUGGCUAGUUUGGCCAAGGAAAUCGACCCAUCUUGUGAUACGACUCCCACCAUUCACCUCGAAUCUGAUUCACUGGACAUCAUGAUACAACAGAAGGAGCUGGUCACAGUGGGUGUCUACUCUGCAGCGAAGAAAUAGUGUGUGCUUUGUGAAAUGUCAGUGAAGCUUUUUUUGCUUAGCCUGUGUGCCCUAUCAUAUUUAAUGUGUGGAAAUAAAGACUGUUU